AUGAAGAAUGCAGAUAUCCGGGUAAAAGAAGGUGAUGGUAUCUGCAUAGAUGGGGAACUAAAGGUCUUCUCCUGCGGAAUCCAAUAUGAAGGGCAGAGAGCAAUAUCCGUGUUCAAUACUAUAUUUGUUGGACGCAACAACACUCUAAAAAGUGAAUCAUUGAAGUUAGGACCUCUCACUACUAUCUUGUUGCAUGACAUCCUUGAGAUGUCAAAAGUUGAUGUAAUUUGUGCUUGUGAUAUCAAUACAUAUAUGCCAACUAUUUAUGGUCCGAAAGAAAGAAGUACAGAUGUGUAUGACUUCCAGGGUGAUGAUAGUGACACUGAUAGUGAAGCAGGCCUUAUCAGGGGUGAAAGAGUGGAAGAAGAUGAGACAGAGGAAGAGCAGACUGAAAAUGAGACAGAGGAAGAGCAGACUGAAAAUGAGACAGAGGAAGAGCAGACUGAAAAUGAGACAGAGGAAGAGCAGACUGAAAAUGAGACAGAGGAAGAGCAGACUGAAAAUGGAUUGACAAUAACAGAUAGUGCUCUAUUACCUUCAACUGCAAAACUACCUGAAGUCAUUGGGUCUUUGAAUCUCCUACACAAAAAGUUUGAUAAGCUUAUAGGACUAAUUCAGCCAACAACUAAUGUAUCUAGUAAUGGAGCCCCCACACCUACCAAACCAACUAGACCCUCAUCACCUACCAGAGCCCAACAUACCAGAUCCCCAGUGCCUUCCAGAUCAGCAACAUCAGCAACAUCAUCUUCACCUCCCAUUUUUGAUAAUAACCAUAUUUGGAACUGUACACCAGCUCAACUGUUGACAAAUAAUGGACAAAUAACAAAGGAACAUUAA